GAGAUGAGCAAUUCAAAUGGCUUUGUUCUGUUGAUACCAUGCACUGCGAGUCUGGUCGACUCCAGAAGCAUUUAAAUCUAUUAUUACCAAGUAUACUAGUCCAGUGGAAGGCCCGGGUAGACCAGCUGCUACAGCUGUCUGGAGUAGCAAACCACAGGGGUAGCUGCUGAGACCACCACUCGAUCAUCGAUGCAUCCGAAUGAUAUCCAUCACUCUGAUACCGAUCGAUCAUUACCAUCGUAGCUCUACAGUUCCCUGUACAUAGCUUCGUUGAUCGUAGUAUGCGGUGGAGCAGCCCUGCCCCGAGCCCUUCCGAAAGUAUUCCGCGGCGGCGAAAUUUUCUGCUGCCGUUUCCCCAUCCCCAGAUCUCUCCAACACUGCCAGAAAAGUCCACCCGUGUAUCUCCCUUUUUGUUUCGCUUCUCGGUCGUCUGCCGUUCUUGGGUUUCUUUUGGGGUAUUGGGGUGCUUGUGUUCUUUUCCAAUUGCCCUUUUGUCCUUGUACUAUAUUCCUUCUCAAGCCCUUUUUUUUCUUGUGCGCCUAGCGGCCCUGCUUUGCCAACAAAAAAACCCACAAGACCUUCUAUCUCGAUCUCGAUCUAAUCGAACAAAAUGUCGCAAACUAAUGGUGAAGUGGAACACUCGAAAGAGGUCCCCGAGCAGCAAACAGAGCAGCUUACCAAUGGAAAUCACGCCGAAACGGAGCAGGAGGAGGAGAACAAUGGCGGAGGUGGGAAGGCCCUUUCAUCCGAGAUGAGAUUCUCGUUGCAGAUUCGAUGGCAGCCAAGCUAACAGCGCCUCCGGAAUACAGGUCUCUUCCAGAUCUCCGUGAAGCUUCCUCAUGAGCCAUUCAAGAUCCAGGUUAUGGUUUCGAGUCAAGAGCAAGUCCAAGACGUGCGUCAGUCGAUCGUUGAAUUGCCCGGUACCUUCCAGUACACUUGC